AUGUCGUUGUCGGAGAAGACCAUUAUAUCCAAACCUGAGCCCGCUGUGCUCAAGAUGGAGUCUCAAUCUCCCACUAUCAGCGAGUGGACCCUCACCAAUGGCGACUCAGAUAUUGAGAAGUGCCUUUCCAAGGAGAUGGGUUCGGUGUCAACCGACCGUCGUGAUGAUCAGAUCGAUCUCGAGGCUCAAACACCACUUCCCGCCAAGAAGCCGUUGGCGAACUUGCGAUUUGCCCUUCUCACAAUCUAUCGACGACUUUUCACCCUUGUCUUUCUCGCCAACGUUGGCGUUUUCGUCGCAGUGAUGAUGUCUGACCGCAAGCUAAUUGCCUUAGUCAAUGCAACCGCGGCCAACUUGCUGGCAUGCGGACUGGCCCGGCAGCCACUAGUUGUCAACAGUAUCUUCUUCCUUGUGUGUUCGAUCCCGCGGACUGCACCAGCUCCUUUGCGCCGAUUGGCUGCGCAAGUUUAUCACUAUGGUGGCGUGCACAGUGGUUGCGGAGUAGCUGCGCUAGUGUGGUACGUUGGGUUCGUCGGUGUCAUGUCACACCAGUAUUGGACGCCAUCUCCGACUAGCGCCUCGGUUGUCAGCAUUUCAGCCGCCCCCGUUGCAUUGGCCUACAUUAUUCUCAUUCUGUUGCUGGCGAUCACCGUUGUGGCCCAUCCCACGUUUCGCACCAAAUUCCACGACUAUUUUGAAUUGAUCCACCGUUUCUCCGGGUGGCUAGUCGUGGCCCUUUUCUUCGUGCUGCUGAUGUUAUUCUCUCGCGAGAUCAGCUCGGCCCAGAAUCAGCCCCUCGGUUCUUUCCUCAUCCGUCUCCCCGCCUUUUGGUUCUUGAUCGCAACUGUUGUGUCGAUCUUUCAACCUUGGCUUAUGCUCCGCAAGGUCCCGGUGCGGGCCGAAAAGCUGUCCGCACACGCCGUGCGCUUACACUUUGACCACACCCCCACGGUCUUUGGAAAGGGCGUCCAGCUGGCCAAGCAUCCCCUGCGGGACUGGCAUGGAUUUGCAACUUUCCCUGACCCGACCCCACAAGGCUCGCGUGGGAAACCCAGCUUCUCUUGCUUGGUGUCCAAGGCCGGUGAUUGGACAGCUGCAAGCAUCAACCAACCGCCCACACACUUCUGGAAGCGUGGCGCACUACUCUAUGGCUUUGCAUAUGCCAUGCGAGUCUUUAAGCGAGUCAUUAUAGUGACCACUGGCUCGGGUAUUGGCCCUUGUCUGUCCUUCCUUGGCGACGAUAACCGGCCCGCAUUGCGAGUGAUGUGGCAAACUCGCGCCCCGGUAAAGACAUACGGGGAGGGGGUUAUGGAUCUAGUUCGCCAAAUGGAUGCGAACCCCAUCAUUUUGGACACGGACCAAACAGGUCGUGUCGACAUGGUUCCCAUUAUCGCCCGUCAGUUCAAGGAGUUCGACGCUGAAGCGGUGUGCGUUAUCAGUAAUCCUGUGCUGACGGGACGAAUUGUUCAUGAGCUUGAGGCGCGAGGCUUCCCAGCCUUUGGCCCGAUUUUCGAUUCAUGA